AUGGCAGUGUCUGCGCCCAAGCCGUUGGUCGCCAAGGUCGAGCCCAAGUCGCAACAUAUCCCGGAUACCGGUACACAGCCAUUCCUGCAGCCCGACUUCGACCCAGCCGACUAUCUAAACAGUACCCUCCCACCAUUAUCAAUACCAGGCUCCACAUCCACGAGGAACAGCCGAUCUGUACCACUGUCCGAAGUCUCGUCUCAGCUUCAGACGUUGCUGUCCCAGCUUACCGCCCAGACCUCACGACUCUCAAAUACCUUGACUCAAUUGACGGACGAGAUCAUCAGGAGUGGGAGCAGGUUGGCUUACGAGGUGGAAGUGCUGAGAGGCGAGACAAUAGGCUUGACAGAUACCUUCAAGAAUGGCCUAAAGAAGGACAUUGAACUAUUUGUACCUCAGAAGACGCCAACAGAUGUUGACGCGAAUGGACAUGCAGACGAAGAGGCCGCGGCAGAGAAGGCAGCCGACUUCGGAACGGGUGAACCAGAAUUUCUUGAACGACUCCGGACACUCACAACAGUACGUGAGAGACUGGACUCUGUCAUCAAAACCUUUGGUGCUGCAAUGCAAUGGCCUCUGGCCCCAUCAGAACUUUCCAUCGCAUCGUCUUUCAUCUCCGUCUCGGGUCCAGAUAAUGACGAUAACCGGGACCGCGAGGAGAAGGGGAAGGAGUACUCUGAGAAGCUACGUACGGAGGUCAACGACCUGCUAGCAGCUGGUGCUGAAGGUCUCGAGUCUGCUACCAUUCGCGUUGACGAAUUGAGAACUCUGGCGGAAGUCUGGAAAGGCACGACCGAGGAGAAGGCACGCUAUAAAAUCGUUGAAAAUUUACAGAAGCUUGUUGACGACAAGCAAAGAGCACUUGAUAAGGCUAGUGGCGAGAGCAGCAGAAAAACAGGCGCGUCUUCAGCGCGAGGCUACGAUUACCGGUACGGAAACAUGGAAAUGCCAAAAGCACAGCCUACUCAGCCUGAAGGUGGCUCAGGAUAUGGCUUCCUGCAAAAUCUGAAAAAUCUCAGGAACGAAAUGUAUCUGGAUUGA